AUGCUUCGCAUCAGCCCUUCCGAGCGCGCCUUCAUCGCCGACGGGAUCGCCCAGGACGUCCGCGCCGACGGCCGCAGCCGGCUCGCGCGCCGGGUCCUCCGCAUGGAGAACGGCCUCUUGAGCCAGAGCCACGGCUCGAGCCGCGUCUCGCUCAAGGGCGGCAGCACCGACGUGCUGGCCAGCGUCAAGGUCGAGGUCGCACACGGCGACCACGCCAACGGCUGGGUCGAGCUCAAUGUGCAGUGCGCGCCGUCGGUCUCGGAGAAGAUGGAUGGCCGCGCCCAGGAAGAAAUGAACGUCGAGCUCACGGAGCGCAUGAAGCGACUCGUGGUCGUCGACCUCCCGGGCCUCGCGAUCGUGCCCAACAAGAGCGUGUGGGUCGUCUACGUCGACGUCAUGGUCUUUGACACGUCUGGAAACCUCCCGGAUGUCAUCUCGAUGGCAAUCUACAGCGCGCUCCGCGAUACCCUCCUCCCGUCCAUCAAGCUAAGUGGCGACAAGGACGAAGACCAGCUCCUCGAAGUCGACGCCGACCCCGCGACGGGCUCGCGCCUCAACCUCGACACGUGGCCAAUCUGCAUGACGCUGAGCAAGGUCGACCGGUGGUUUGUCAUGGACGCGCUCCUCGAAGAAGAGCUCUGCAUGAGCGCGCAGAUCAGCGUCGCGAUCGACGCCAACCAGCGCCUCUGCGGCAUGCAAAAGAGCGGGUCCGGCGCCCUCGACGUCAAGGAGAUGCAGGCCAUGAUCGACGUCGCCAACUCGUCGUCCGUGCACGUGUUUGAAGCCAUGGGCCGCGUCUUUGCCGACCAAGAUGCGCUCGACACGACGCAGACAUACCGAACAGAACGCGUCGGCUUCUUCGCAUAA